CGCCGGAAACGUAUCAUGAUCGUAAAAACAUUAUUUAAAAAUGAAAACAAACAAAUCAUGAUAGACAUGUUUUCCAUAAUUGAUUAUUAUUUUUUUAUAAAUGAAAUUUAACUCAUAAUUUUUAAAAAAAAUCGAAAGUCACAGCAGUUAUUAACUAAAAAUUAUUUUUAAUUUCUUUUCAUGGAAGGACUAGUUAUAGAGAAUUCUUGAAUUUAUAAAUUUUACAAAUGGGAAAGGGUCAAAAAUCAAAAGGCGAGGGAAAGCGAGAAAGAAAGGACAUUUACGAACGCUUGUGUUAUCUUUUUGAGGCUGGUUAUACUUUAGUUCUGGCUUGCCCCUCCAAUACGGGAUUAAUUUGUUCCUAUGGACAUAUGAUCACGAUGCUAGCAAAAAAAAAUCUUUGUAAACUCUAUCCCCACAUAAAGAGACAUAUUUGCAAGAAGUGCCAUUUAAUUUUGCGACCAGGUUUGACGUCAAAAGUGAUGCUUAAAAAUAAAAAGAAUGGAAGAGGAAAACACACUGAAGUGACUUGUCAAUUGUGUGGGACAAAAAAACGUUUCCUCAACAAUCCUAAUCACAAAUUAUUUAUCGAUAAAGAAAUAGAAAAAAAUAAAAAUAAAUUAAUUUGAUACUU